AUGACUGUGAUGAUUGACAAUUGGAUUGCUGAGUGUGACCAAUGUCAACGUGAGGGAAAGACUCUGGGUACAGUUGCACCACUCCAAACAAUAAAGGUGUCUGCUGUUUGGGAGCUGCUGGGGAUUGACCUAACUGGGCCCUUCCCCAAAACUACUGAUGGCUAUCAAGCUUUGAUGAAGUUGGUGAAUGAGCAGCAGAACAACUGGGACACAUUCCUUGAUGCCACACUGUUCUCUUUGAGGUCAAAGGUGCACAUCUCAACCAAACACACCCCAUUCCAGUUGAUGUAUGGGCGGGAGGCUGUGUUCCCCUCAGAGGUGCCUGUAGAUUAUCCUGUGGGGGACCAUGACUGUCACCCCCUGCAGGACACUCUGCUCUGGAGAGCAGCUUCAAUUCACCAGGACACUGCCAAAUGUGACAGCUACACACCAAUGGAACUUGAGAGUGAGAAGGCGCUUGACAUACAAACAGAACAGAGCAAUGAGGGUAUGCCCCAUUGUACAAAGAAGAGCUAA